GCUCCAUGGCGUCGGCAGCAAGCUGGAACCGCUGUGGUGAGAGGUCGAUCUCAAUGUGCGCAGCUAGGCCUGCUCCAUCUAUUGGUGCUGCAAAGACGGCGGUUUCUACUGCGUCUUCACCUGCAAUUCAGCAAGAAAAACGACAUCCUACUAUAGGUACAGCAGCCCCCUCUGUUGCAUCAGCUGCUGCAUCAUCUUCACAUAGCCGAAGCAUUGUUUGUCACAAGUGUCAAGGUCGUGGGCAUGUUGCUGCUCAAUGUCCUAGUCGAAGGACCAUGGUUGUGAAUGAGCUUGGUGAAUGGGAGUCUGAAAGUGAAGAAGAAGAUGCACCAUGCUAUGAUGAGGAAAUUGAAAAUGAUGAGAAUGAGAUCCAACCCGAAGAAGGUGAUGAUAAAUGCUUCAUUUCUCGGCAAGUGCUUAGUGUUACUGCUGCGAAGGAGAAAAAUGGACAGCGGCAUAAUCUUUUCCAUACUCGAGGCAUGAUCAAGGAUAAAUUAUGCAGAAUCAUUGUUGAUAAUGGUAGCUGCAAUAAUAUUGCAAGUCAAGAAUUGAUUGAGAGAUUGGGAUUAAAGCAGCAGCGCCAUCCAUCUCCAUACAAAAUGCAGUGGCUUAAUGAGUGCGGUGCGCUGCGUGUGACCAAUAUGGUGACCGUUCCUUUCUCCAUUGGAAGAUACAAUGAUCAAGUCGAGUAUGAUGUGGUGCCAAUGCAAGCUUGUCAAUUGUUGUUGGGAAGACCUUGGUUGUAUGAUCAUGAUGUUCAGAUUUGUGGUCGAUUCAAUAAAGUUGUUCUCAUGUACAAAGGAGACCAAAUCACUUUGCUUCCUUUGUCACCGGAGGAGAUUUUGAAUGAUGAUCUGAAAAGAAAACAGCGAGAGAGUGAGAAAAAUUACGAGUGACCCACAAACAUAGCGAGGGAGUGUUUCCAAAGCCAAA